AGAAGUGUGUGCAGAGAUGUUUGAAACCUCUGUUCAGUCUCUUUGGUGUUUGUUGAUAAUAAUGGAAAUCAUAUGCAGUAUUUCGUUUUGAGGCAACAAAAAGGUCAUGUACUGUGUUGCUUUCAAUUUUCGAACAAGAAUGAAGAAAGUAAAAUCAGAGAUUUUAGAAUAAAUUGCCAUUGGUAAAAUGUUAUUAAACCCAGGAAGUUGUUUGUAAUGAUGAUAAUCUGUGAUCAACUGUAACAUUACAUCAGUAAUUUCCGUAAAAAAGUGCUUGAAGCAAAGACAACAGCGCCUCCCCCACUGAGCCGCCGCAAACAAACCACAUCUGCGUCACUCCCCGCAACCCAGUCCGCCCUUGAUGUCAGCCAUUUUACAUAGCAAUCGCGACUGAAUUCGUUCCCAAAAGUAUUUAGCAAUCAGGCCUAACGUUAAAUACACAUUUCUAUUUAACAACCGGGUGACAUUCAAAAAUGGAGACCGAAGGCCAGGUUGACUUCAGUACAGACGAGUUUCCGGAGGGCUCCAAGAUAAAUGCAAGCAAAAACCAGCAGGACGACGGCAAGAUGUUCAUUGGAGGGCUCAGUUGGGACACCAGCAAAACAGACCUCACGGAUUACCUGUCGAAGUUUGGAGAGGUUCUGGACUGCACCAUCAAAACAGACCUGAUGACGGGCCGGUCCCGGGGCUUCGGCUUUGUUCUCUUCAGAGACUCAGAGAGUGUAGACCGGGUGUUGGAGCUGAAGGAGCACAAGCUGGACGGGAAGCUGAUCGAUCCAAAGAGGGCCAAAGCCAUGAAGGGGAAGGAACCGCCCAAGAAGGUGUUUGUUGGAGGCCUCAGCCCAGAUACCCCAGAGGAGGAAAUCAGAGAAUACUUUGGUGCUUUUGGAGAUAUUGACAGCAUCGAGCUUCCCAUGGACACCAAAACCAACGAGCGACGUGGGUUUUGCUUCGUGACCUACUGUGAGGAGACUCCUGUUCAAAAGCUGUUGGAGUGCAGAUACCACCAAGUUGGGAGUGGAAAGUGUGAAAUCAAAGUGGCCCAGCCCAAAGAAGUGUAUAGACAGCAGCAACAACACAGAGGAGAGCGGGGAGGCUACGAAGGAGGGAGAGGAGGUGGCGGAUACAGGGGCCGGGGACGAGGAGGUCAGAGUAACUACAACCAAGGUUACAACGGCUACUACAGCCAGAACUAUGGUAGCUACGGCAAUGGAUACAACCAGGGCUACAAUGGCUACGCGGGCUAUGACUACUCUGGCUACAACUAUAAUAGUUAUGGUUAUGGACAGGGAUACGACGACUACAAUGGCCAGCAGAGCAGCUAUGGGAAGGCCUCUCGGGAGGUCACAACCCACCAGAACAACUACCAGCCUUACUGAGCUGAUCCAACAGGACCUGCUUAGAAUUCUGGUGUUCAUAAGGAAAUAACAUAAAGAGACUUGAUAGCAUUGUUAACAGGUAAAGUACUGCUAAGGGUACAGAGUAAGAACCUAUCCUUAGUUUUCCUUUUCCUAACUCUGAUGUUGUACCUUGUUUGUACCUGCCAGCGGGGACUUCAUUGCAGGCCGUGUGUCGCCUGAUCACGACAAUCUCUGGGCGACGCACAUAGCGGGCAGAGAGCACGGCAUGCACAAGAAAACGCUGUCCUGUGGUAUGGUCUCUUCACACUUCCUGUAACCAGCGAUAAACAAAAAGAAACAUAAGAGAAAGGAAAUUAAUCUCUUUUCAGUUUUUAAAGUGUUUGCUAUAACGAUUUGUCUGAAAUGGAUUUUUUACAGGAUAUUAAUAUGAAAGUGUAAAAAUGUACUUUGACUUGUAUGUGUUUCUCUUAAUUUUAGUGGUCUUGUUUCAGUUCUGGACCAACAGUGUUUUUUUCUAUAAUGAACCCCUUUCUUAAAUUGCUAAAACUCAUAAUGAUUGCUUUUUCUUUAUAGCCCUUAGAGAACUUCACUUGAUAAACACCAAAAAACGUUUUAUUUUAUUUUUUACUUAGGUGUUAAAAGAUCAUAUGUAAACCAGCUUUAUGGUGCCAUAAAAAGCUGACAACUCAAAAUAUAUUAUGAGCUAUUUGUGUAUCUGUCUUUAAAUGUCCACCAAAUUUGUUAUCUUUUAGUUAGGGUCACAUUUGGGCUUGCUCCUUAAUGGUGAAAUUUACCCACCAAUUCAUUGGAGCUGAAGCUUUUGCUGGCCGGUGAGCUGUUGCAGAACCUUGGUGAAGCUGAGUUCUACACAUGAUCUUUAAAACGGAAUGGGGAAAAAUAAACUAUUAAUAGUUUAAGUUGACGACACAAGCAGAAGUUAAACAGUGAAACAUGGACGUGCAAGGUUCACUGUGCCCUGCAGAGCUCCAAAGUUGGUAACAUCUACUGUGUUGUGUUGUGUCCUUGUUUGCAGACAGGCUGGCUGGAGAAUGACCCUGUACCCAGGUGGAAGCUUUGGGGGCUGAAUCCUGUCCUGUCCUCAGAUCAGCUCAUGUUUUAAACACCAGGCCCUUAUUUCGUUGUCCUCUUCCUGAGUUGAAGCUGGCAUGCAGUGUGUCUGACUUUGUAAAUAGCGAGGUUGCUACUUUUUGGUUCCAGUCCCCCCCCUUCCCUUAAUCUUGUAGGUCUAGGUUUCAUGUAAUGUGUUAUCACCUUGAUUUUCAACCUGUCCUGCUUUUGUUUUAAACGUGGAUUUUCUGCAGUUUUUUGGAUAAAGGGAUUAUUAAAGAGGGUACAAAACUCAA